CAAACACUUGAAAUCAGUCACUAUGAGUUUCUGGGUGAAGAAUCACGACGGUUCUACGUUUUUGGAAAAACCACCGCGCAUUGUGCCGCUCUUCAAUCCCGCCCAACGGGAGUUUCUCGAAGAUGAGCACCGCCAACGCAUUCAAAUGCAAAAGCGUGCACAACAGAGUGAAAAAAACACCGAGUACUACAUACGCAAGCAAUCGACGCUGGACGACGCACGCCUACUGGAUGAGCACGAUUCCUUCUACAAGACAACGAAGAGCUUACUGGUGCUCUUCCAAAUUAUGGGUAUAAUGCCUAUACAUCGUAAUCCGCCCGAUAAUAAUUUACCACGCACAGGCUUUUCGUGGACGUCGCGUCAAAUGCUCUAUGCCAUGUGUGUUUUCUCGCUUGAGACCUUCAUUGUGGCGAUGGUGUUGCGUGCUCGGGUCAAGACCUUCAUUGAGCAGCCGGACAAGCAUUUCGACGUGGCGAUCUACAAUAUUAUCUUCAUUAGUCUAUUGUUUACACAUUUUCUGCUGCCAGUGGCGAGUUGGCGUCACGGGCCUGAAGUGGCGAUCUUUAAGAAUAUGUGGACGAAUUAUCAGUAUAAAUUUUGGCGCGUCACAGGCUCGCCCAUCGUUUUUCCCAACCUAUAUCGCCUCACGUGGGGUCUAUGCAUAUUUUCGUGGACCCUGAGCGUUGCCGUCAACGUAUCGCAAUACCUUUUGCAACCAGACUUUGAGUUUUGGUACACCUUCGCCUACUAUCCCAUCAUAGCAAUGCUGAACUGCUUCUGCAGCUUGUGGUACAUAAAUUGCAACGCAUUUGGCACGGUUAGCGAAGCCCUUGCAAGCCAAUUGGAGUUGACCCUGAAAAGCGAUAAGCCAGCAGAAAAGUUGACGGAGUUUAGAUACCUAUGGGUGGAUUUGAGUCUCAUGAUGCAGCAGUUAGGUAAAGCGUACUCCAACAUGUACGGUAUGUACUGUCUCGUCGUUUUCUUCACCACACUCACUGCCGCUUAUGGUUCGAUAAGCGAAAUCAUGGAUCAUGGUGCAACAUACAAGGAGACCGGACUGUUCGUCAUUAUGUUCUAUUGCAUGAGUCUGUUGUAUAUAAUCUGCAAUGAGGCACAUCAGGCAUCAUGCAAAGUGGGCUUGGAUUUCCAAACGAAAUUACUCAAUGUCAAUUUAAUUGCUUUGGACACGGCCUCGCAGCGUGAGGUGCAAAUGUUUUUGCUUGCGAUUGCGAAGACGCCGCCAAUAAUGAACUUGGAUGACUAUGCAAAUAUUAAUCGGGAGCUUUUCUCAUCGAACCUUACAUUUAUGGCCACCUAUUUGGUUGUACUGCUGCAGUUCAAGAUUACGGAACAAAGAGGCAUGCGUGAAAAUGAAUCUGAGUCUAUCAUGGAUUAUGGCGAGUAA